AGCUUACAAUGACCGACAUACAAAAGAAUGCCCUUGCAGGAAUUUUCGAGUGGUACAUCUGGGUGACAUUGCUGGAAAGGAACCAGCUUGUUCAACAUUUAGAAGACACUUGGUGAAAUGGGCAGUAAACCCUGGUGUGAUACAGAUGUUGUCUCUAAGCUGCCCAGCUGUCUCUCACUGAAGAUCUUUCAAUUUCUCUGCAUACGAGACUGGCUGAGUUGUGCCGAGGUGUGCAGCUCAUGGAGAGAUCUAAUUCAGUCGAGUGCACUGUGGAGUCAGAUCAAUUUCUCCAGUGAAAAGGAAUGGUUCACAAAUGCUGAGGUGAAGCAGAUUUUGCAGAUGUAUCGUCCGUUUGUAGUUCACCUGAACCUGCGCGGCUGCACCUUCCUCACCUGGCCCAGCAUCAAGUGUGUCAGUGAAUGCCGAAAUCUCCAGGAACUCAACUUGUCAGAGUGUUCAAACAUUACAGAUGUGAUGGUCCAAAAGCUUACCAAAGGCUGCCCCGGUCUGCUCUAUUUGAACCUCUCUGCCACUAAUAUCACAAACCAAGCACUGAGAGAGCUGUCAAGAAACUGCUUAAACCUCCAGUAUCUCAGCGUGGCUUACUGCUGUAGAUUCACAGAUCAGGGAUUUCUGUACCUCACAACUGGACGUGGAUGUCACACUCUGGUCCACCUCAACGUGUCCGGCUGCACUCAGAUGACAGUAAAUGCAUUCAGGUAUAUCUCAGCUGGAUGCCCUGCCCUCAAACAAAUAGUGAUCAAUGACAUGCCCACACUGUCGGAUAGUUGUGUCAUGGCUCUUUUGUCCAGAUGUCACUGUCUCUCUGUCAUUUCUUUAUUGGAUGCACCCAAUCUUUCCGACUUAGCGUUCAAAGCAAUUGCAGAAGUGGCCAAACUGAGGUCAUUGUAUAUAGAGGGUAAUAACCAGCUGACUGAUGUGAGCUGGAAGGCCCUAUGCACCAGCUCCCUGGGUCUGCGCAAACUCCACGCUGCAGAGUGCACCAGAUUGAACAAUACCAGUGUGAAAUAUAUGGGGACCCUCAAACACCUGCAGUACCUCGACAUCUCCAUGUGCAAUGUGGGCAAUAUUGGGAUCAAACACCUGACCGAUAGUUUGUCAGCACCCAAAUUACGAGAGCUGAAUAUAAGUUACUGUAGUCAGAUCACUGAUACAGCCGUGCGGAGAAUAGCACUAAGAUUGAAUAGGCUGUACCACCUGAACCUGAGUUACUGUGGAGGGCUGAGUGACAAAUCCCUGGAGUUCCUCAGUGACAGUUCCAUUUGUUCACUGGACAUCAGCGGCUGCAGCGUCCAGGACCAGGGGCUGGCUUCUUUAGAGAGAGUCCACUUGAGAAAGAUUGUCCUGGCUGAGUGUAUCUUUGUCACUGAUGUUGGCAUUGAGAAUCUCUGCAGGAAUGUCAAAUAUUUAGAGGAUGUGGACAUAUCAUAUUGUGCAGCUCUGACUGACCGGGCCAUUAGAACACUGUCCUUCUACUGUAGAGGCCUUAUUACACUCAAGAUGGCAGCUUGUGUCAAGAUGACAGAUAUGGGCAUCCACUACUUGACGACAGGAACUCCGUACCUGAGGCAGCUGGAUGUGAGUGGCUGUAUUCAUUUGACCGAUCGCACUGUGCGACACUUGGAGAGAAUAUGUCCUCCUCUGUGCUCUGUUUCUAUGGCCUACUGUAGGGGCAUCUCCAAGUUGGCAGCAUUAAGGCUAAAAUCAUAUAUGGAUCAUUGGGAGCAUAACAACGAUGAACCAUGUGACUGGUUAGUUGUUAAAGGGUUGUCGUCCAUGGUUACCCCAGUCAAGACUGAAGGGACAGGGGAAGAGAAGGAGAGCAUACGACGAGGAAGAGCAGCAAGUACAUGAGAUUAUCUGGGGAUAUUUGUACAAA